AGCAAGUAAUGUUUACAAGAAACCAAAAUUUUAAGUGAUCUACAAGGUAUAAGUGUACACAAGUUUUGUGAUAUAAAUAAUUCUAAUCAAGAUGUAAUACGUUUUCAUAAUUUUAAUUGAAGGAACAAAAUACUAGGCACGUGCUGGUUUACAAUGGGGCCUGGCGGAGAAGAUGAGGACGAACAAGAAUGUCCUGACAAUGAGCAGAUAAUAGAGAAUGAUAAACAACAAUCUUCACUGUUCAGAUUUUUCUGCUCCGUGAUCCCCAUCCAUCGCUUACUGCGAGACCAUCACUACAUAGGACCGAACGUCGCCCUGGUCGGGGUAAGGGAGGAUCCUGUAGACGAGGACGACAGAAUAGCAGCCCAGCAUACAAAGGACUACCAAAACGCCAGGAGUUGGGAGGAUGUCAGGAAAGCGGAUCGUUUGGCCUUGAGAUGUUUCUGGAGGGACUUGGUCUCAAACUGGAACUGGCAUUCGGCUGUACUUCUCCUGCUGCUGUGUGCUAAGUAUAUGAUAGAGUGUGUUGUGUCGAGUCCAAUCUAUCCAUGCGAUCUUACUGGCACUCCUCAAUGUCAGGGAACGAACCCUGUCAAAAGUACUACCAGCGUUCGUGCAAACCAGAUGGCGUCAUCUCAAACCCUACCACCCGGGGCUCAAUGUCAAUCUCAGGAGGCUCCUCUAUACUAUAUGGAGGCUGAUGAGGAUGUAUAUGAAGCGAUAGACGAUAUGAGAUAUAAGAUACAAGAUGUAAGGAAUCAUAUUUUUACAAGCUCAUUGGAGGACCCUGACGUGUUCGAAACGGAAAUAGAUAAAAUGACAUGUAGAGUCCAACAGCUGGAACACCUGGUCGCCUCUCAGGACGGGUGUUAAACGGGUCUGAACAGAUUUAUAAGUCAAGAGAGAAAAAGGCCUUGACAUAUUUGUACAUGGAUGAAUAUGUGUAAUAAAGUAUUUAUAUAUUAUUAUAUA